CGCCAAAAGGAAAAGUGGCAUCGCAUCCAUUUCGUAAUUACCAUUUGCACCUCUUCUUCUUGUUUUCUUCUUCCUACUCGUUUAAGAGUUGACACUGUUCUAUGCCAUUGCAACGCGCAUGCUCUAUCUUGCUCUCUCUGUCUCCGUGCCUGUGGAGCGUUUAAUCAGACGGACAUGGCUACCGAAGACCAUGUUUCUGUUGCUAUAGACGAGUUGCGGGAAUCACUCAAGUCCAAUCCUAACGACCCCGCCGUCCAAUUUAAUCUGGGUGAGUUGCUAUGGAUACGAGGGGAUAAGAAGAACGCGGUGGAACACUUGAUGCUUGCAGCAAAGCUCAAUCCUCUAAAUGCUGCUGCAUUCAGAUAUCUGGGCGAUUAUUAUGCGCAUAUAUCACCUGAGCCUCAGCGAUCUCUCAAGUGUUAUCAGAGAGCUGUGACUCUGAAUCCGGAUGAUUUGGAGGCUGGGGAAGCAAUCUGCAAUUUGUUGGAUGAGGCUGGGAAAGAGAGUUUGGAGCUUGCCAUCUGCCAUGAAGCUUCUGAGAAGUCUCCCCGAGCAUUUUGGGCUUUUCGUCGAAUGGGAUACCUUCAGGCUCAUCAAAGGAAAUGGUCUGAAGCCAUCCAGAGCAUCCAGCAUGCAAUUCGUGGAUUUGCUUCGUGUGCCGACUUGUGGGAGACCUUAGGUUUGGCCUACCAACGAAUGGGCAUGUUCUCUGCUGCACUUAAGUCUUAUGCGAGAACACUUGAGUUGGACAGUUUAAGGAUUUUUGCGCUGGUUGAGAGUGGAAAUAUUUCGCUGAUGCUUGGUUCAUUUAGAAAGGGAAUUGAGCAAUUUCAGCAAGCUUUGAAUAUUUCACCUUCCAAUGUUUCUGCACAUUAUGGACUUGCUUCUGCACUUCUUGGUUUUGCAAAGGAGUGUGCCAAUUCAGGUGCCUUAAAAUGGGGAGCUUCACUCUUAGAGGAAGCUUCUGAUGUGGCUUUGCGUGGUACAUCUUUAGCUAGUAACUUUUCUUGUAUGUGGAAGCUACAUGGAGAUAUACAGCUUAUGUAUGCCAGAUGUUUCCCAUGGAUGGAGGAAGCUUGGCUCAAUCAUGCUGAUGACAUAGCUUUCAAAUCUUCUAUCAGUUCAUGGAAGGAAACCUGCUUCUCUGCUGCUAGAAAUGCUUGCCACUCCUACCAGCAUGCUUUGCGCAUGACCCCUUGGCUAGCUAGUACAUAUACUGAUGUCGCUAUUGCAUCAUUUCUCUCUUCAUCUUUUAAGGAAUCUCCUAAACAGGAGCUGAAUGUUUGGUCAGUGGCAGAAAAGAUGAGCUUGGGUGCUUUACUGCUGGAGGGACACAAUCAAGAAUUUUGGGUGGCAUUGGGGUGCUUAUCAGACCUUAUUGCAUUAAGGCAGCAUGCUUUUAUACGUGCAUUGCAAUUGGAUGUAUCUUUAGCAGUUGCAUGGGCAUUCCUUGGAAAGCUUUAUCGGUGUGAGGGUGAAAAGCAAUUAGCAAUGCAAGCCUUUGAUCGUGCUAGAAGUAUCGAUCCUUCACUCCCAUUGCCAUGGGCUGGCAUGUCAGCUGAUGCAGGCUUUAGAAAGCUUGAUCCAAAUGAAGCAUAUGAGUGCUGUUUACGGGCUGUCCAGAUAUUUCCUCUUGCAGAAUUUCAAGUUGGUCUUGCAAAGCUUGCAUUGAGCUCUACUUACUUGUCAUCUUCAGAGGUGUUUGGAGCCAUUCAACAAGCAUUGCAACGUGUUCCACAAUAUCCUGAAUCUCACAACUUGGCUGGGCUAGUAUGUGAAUCACGAUCUGACUAUGAAAGUGCUAUUACAUCAUACAGGCUGGCACGAUGUGCUCUGGUAUCUUUUGCAGACGAAUCUUCAGAAUCCCAUUUACUAGAUAUAUCUAUCAAUUUGGCCAGAUCACUUUGCAUGGCAGGGAAGGUGAGUGAUGCUGUUGAAGAGUGUGAAUAUCUAAGACAAAAAGGACAGCUUGAUUCCGAGGGUCUACAAAUAUAUGCUCUUUGUUUGUGGCGACUUGGCCAGAAUGAUAUGGCUUUGUCCAUGACAAGAUCUCUUGCUUCUGGGAUUUUAUCUAUGGAAGAAAAUCUUGCUGCAACUACCAUCAGUCUCGUCUGUAGAUUAUUGUACUACAUAUCUGGGCAAGAAUCAGCAAUUACAAGUAUCUUGAAGAUGCCAAAGGAACUGUUUCAUAGUUCAAAGCUUAGUUUUGUUGUUUCGGCUAUUCAUGUUCUUGAUGCGAAUAAUCGACUUCAGCCUAUUGUUUCUAUGAGUCGAUUAUAUAUUAAGGAUAAUGAAGAUAUCAUCACAAUGCAUACUUUAAUCACCCUUGGUAAACUUCUCAAAAAUGGAAAUCAAGAAUCUCUUGGAAUGCAGAAGGGGGUAGAUCACCUGAGGAAAGCACUUCAUAUGUUCCCCAACAACACUUCAUUGAGAAAUCUUAUGAGUUAUCUAUUGCUAUUAAGCAAAGAGAGGAGGGAUCUCUAUCUCACUACAAGAUGCUCUCCGAUGCAUUUUAGUGACCAUCAAAAGGAUGAUAUCCUCAAACAUGCAUGUGAGAUCUUUGGUGCUGCAAAUGUUGCUUGCUAUGUGGUAGGAAGCUGUAAAAUGAAAUACCCCUUCGCUAUCUGUAGACAUCAAGGGUCUUCUGGAUCUGGAGUUGUCCAAGUGAUGCAAAAGUAUUUGCAUCAAGAACCAUGGAACUUUAGUGCAAGGUAUUUGCUUACAUUAAAUUUUUUUCAGAAGGCACGGGAAGAAGGAUUCCCUCAUCAUAUUUGUCGUGUACUAGAACGGCUUACAACUGUGGCUCUGUCUAAUGAUUUUUGCUCAAGCAAAGAUGAAUCUAGCCAGUAUAGAAAGUUCCAGCUUCUACUCUGUGCAGCAGAGACUAAUCUUCAGCAAGGGUAUCAUAGUGAAUGCUUGAGAAUUGCUAGUAGUACUUUAGGUUCUUCUGUUAAAAAAGAGUAUAUAUUUUUUGCACAUUUACUGUUAUGCCGUGGACAUGCAGCCGAAAAUGAUAUCAUUAGCAUGAGCAAAGAAUACAAUAGAUGUUUGGAACUCAAGACUGACCUUCAUAUAGGCUGGAUUUGUCUGAAACUUAUUGAAUCUAGAUAUGGUCUGCAAGAUAAUACAAAUAUGCUAGCCUCAAGCUAUGAAAAUUGCUCUAAAGAUACGAGUCUUUCAUGGAAUAUAUGGAUGGCUCUCUUUAAUAUGGUACACGGGUUGAUUGCUAUUGGGGCUAGUGAUUUUGUGGCUGCAGAAGAGUUCCUUAUGCAAGCAUGCUCUAUAGCUGACAGUGAGAGCCACCUGUUUCUUUGUCAUGGUGCUAUAUCCAUGGAGCUCGCGAAACAAAAGUGUGAAUCACAAUAUAUAUCACGAGCUAUAAGGAGUCUCAAGAAAGCCAAAGAUGCUUCCGCUAAUAACUUGCCCAUCAUCUCUUUCUUGCUUGCCCAAGCAGAAGCAAGCCUUGGUUCCAAGGCAAAGUGGGAGAUGAACCUUCGCAAUGAAUGGACCUCUUGGCCUCCAGAGAUGAAACCUGCCGAGCUCCUAUUUCAAAUGCAUCUACUUUCUAGAAAUUCAAAAGAUGGCUUUGCACCGUAUUCCUCCAGCUACAGUGAAAGUUCCCACAGAUGGAUACUAAAGGCCAUUCAUACUGAUCCUUCAUGUUUUAGAUAUUGGAAGUUUUUGCUGAAGGAAUUGAUGUGAGAGUGAAGACAGUGAGAUGAAAAUGCUCCUAUCUAUGCCAAUGCCUUUGUCCAAGAGGGAUGGCGAUUUUAAAUGGAGAUGUUGUCAAUUUGAUCUCAUCUUGUCAAAGGAUUUGCUUUGCUGCUAGAUUUGCGGGGAGAGGGUGUGACGUCAUUUGAGAUAAUACUCUCACAAAAUUUGUCUUGUUUGUAUGUUGCUAGAAAAAAAAUUAGGCUAUACACUUUAGUCUAUUAUCAAGCAAGUAACUACCGACAUUUUGUAUCUUGCAACUUCUCAUGUUCAGUAAGUUGAGAUGAAAAUGACCAACAAGAGCUCCUCCUUAUUUUUGUUAUGCUUUCAUAAGCAUUGCAUUAUUGUAUGCAAGUA